CCGUCCGCGCAGCCCCCCCCCCCCCCCCCCGGGUGUAAUUUUCGGGGGAAACAAUAGGGAAUAUCAGCGUUUGUUUGCAAAGGGGCCGUCGGCGCGGCGCUGCACAAUGAAGGCUUUGUUGGGCGGCACAGGGCUCCCUCUGUGUGCGCGCUGCCUUGCUCCUCUCCUCCGCUCCGGGCCGCGGGUGUAGCCGGCUCCUGAAUGGCACCGGUUGUGCCCAGCCAAAGACGCACCAUGGACACGAGCGGCCACAGCGUCCUCCUCCUCCAGCAGCUGAACAUGCAGCGGGAGUUUGGCUUCCUGUGCGACUGCACAGUUGCCAUUGGAGAUGUUUACUUCAAAGCCCACAGAGCGGUGCUAGCUGCUUUUUCAAACUAUUUUAAGAUGAUAUUUAUCCAUCAGACAAGUGAAUGCAUAAAGAUUCAGCCUGCAGACAUCCAGCCUGACAUUUUCAGUUACUUGCUGCAUAUCAUGUACACCGGGAAGGGGCCGAAGCAGACCGUCAACCAGAGCCGGCUGGAGGAGGGCAUCCGGUUUCUCCACGCAGACCACCUCUCCCAUAUCGCCAUCGAGAUGAACCAGGUGUUCCCGUCAGAGGCUGUGCAGUCUUCAAACCUGUACGGGAUCCAGAUCUCAACUGCUCACAAAACGGCCAAGGAACGUCUGGGAGCGAAGGAGACGCUGGCCAAGCCGGGCAGCAGGUCUUCUGCCCAGGGCGACCACCCGCAGCUGCAGCUCUCCCUCGCCAUCGGGCUCGACGACAGCUCCCUCGACCAGCAGGUUGCUCGCCCCGCCGCGCAGCCAGCUGCUCUGGUCAAGCCGGCAGAAGAGCUGCCAAAGCUCUCCGUGUCCGUAAAGCAGGAGAAGUGUGACUCGGAGCCCGUGGUGUCCCAGAGCUGCACCCCUCCUUCUCCGGACGUGGCCAGCCCCAUCUUUGCCAAGGCCAGCCUCAGGGUGCACUUGUGUCACUACUGCGGGGAGCGCUUCGACUCCCGCGGGGGGCUGCGGGAGCACCUGCACACCCACGUCUCGGGCUCACUGCCCUUCGGCGUGCCGGCCUCCAUCCUGGAGAGCAGCGACCUCGGGGAGGUGCAGCCUCUGGCAGAGAGCAGGGAGGCCGGGGAGGGUCACCGCCUCGGGGCCUUCCUCCUCAAAGAGGACGAGCAUCAGCUGGAGCACCCGAGCUGCGGCGACCUCGAACCUCUGCAGAUCGGCCAGCUCUCCCUCAUCUCCAAGGACCACGAGCCGGUGGAGCUGAACUGUAAUUUCUCGUUCUCGAGAAAGAGAAAAGUCAGUUGCACCAUCUGUGGCCGUGCAUUUUUCCGGAAGAGCCAGUUGCUGGAACACAUGUACACACACAGAGGGAAGCAGCCCAAGUACGGCCGCUGCCAGCGGCUGGAGAGCCCCGCCACCCCCAGGUUUCGUCCUUACGGUGACAGUGAGAGCGUGGGGAAGAGCCCCAGUUUAUCUCAGGACCACCUGGACGAAUGUAUAUUGGAGUCCGAUCUUAUCCAAGAAAGCGUGGAUACGAUCCUGGUAGAGUAGUCCUUCCUCCCACUUCAGGUGCUGGAUAUGUGGGCAUUUUCUGUGCAGUGGGUGGCUGCUCUCUAGAACUGUCUUCAGCAAUCGUUCCCAUCACCACUGAGCUAGUGAAGAACUGUGUUUGGCCUGCGUGUUUACUUUUUUACUUCACUAACUUUUAAACUCAAGCUAAUUCAAUCUAAGUCCUUCCUGGAAGCCUCCAUGUAACUCGGUUACAUUUUGAUAAAUGUGAAUUUAUUCUUGCUCUGCUUUACUCCAGUUCUUACCGUGUUGCUGGGUGUGAGGUUUAUACAUCCCCUAAGACACUGAGUGGCACCAAGGGAUGUUUGUAUCCCUUAGAAUUGCUCUUCUGAAGCUAGUUGAGGGAAGUGUAGAGGGAAAUAAAUAUUGCUCUUUCCCAAAUAAUUUGUUUUUAAUUUAAAUAAAUAUCAAGGAGAUAAAUCCUGAAGUUUGUGUUGUAUAAUUGCAGUUAAUAAAUCUCAAUAUAAAUACAUG